AUGAAGCGGCACGUCCUGUCGCUAGGCAUCCUGGGCCUCGCAGCACUCGGUUCUAGUGCUGCAAUCGCAUCCUCUCCAGGUGCUCAAGCUGAAGCUACCUCGAAGCCACCUCCCAAAAAGGACCCGGAAGAAUGUGACUGCUUCACUGUCUCUGGCCCUGAUCCGGGAUACUUCCAGCACUACAAGCUCUGGGACUUCCGCUCCGUUCCAUUGACGAAACAGGCCCAUCCAGACACCUCAGAGCCGACGGAUGGUGAAUCGGAUAUGUGGACAGGCAGGGAUAGUGGAGGUAACGAAAAUCACGACUGGGUCGAAGACAAAGGGUACGGUGACCACGACGACGACAAUCAUAGUGACCAUGAACCCGAUGCCCUCUGGUUCUUCGAAACCGCCUUCAACAAGGACUGGGCCAGCCAACGGUGGUGGCGUCCGAGCACGCCUGCUACCCCAGUGGCCAUGAUAAACUCCAAGCACAACGUCUUCUUCACCAGGAAUCGUCAACAAUUGGAUAAGCUGGCGACGUAUCUGGUCCUGCGCACCACCCGUCAUUGGAACUAUACGUCGACGGCGGAGAUUGAAACUAGAGUCCGCAACAUCUUCCACUGUUCUUUUCGAGUCAAGCUUCGCAUCCUACCAUCCAACAUGGUCGUGCCUCAGCCGGCGCAGUCUAAGAAAUGGCCACCACCAGACCCGGUCCAACGCCCGUCCCCGGAAUUGCACAACCAGAGUGCCAUGUCCAACGAGACGGCCGGUUUUGCAGACGCCAGCCCGCAUACCGGGGCCUGUGUUGGAAUAUUCACAUAUCACGCCCACGAUUGCGAAUCAGACAUUGAGAUCUUGACAAGUGAUCCCCCCUACCGCGCGCGCUACGCCAACCAACCAGACUACGACCCCGUCAAAGACGAAAUGAUCCCCGGCGCGAGCACGAUCGCUGAUCUUCCGGUGCACUGGACAACCUGGUCCACCCACCGUCUGGACUGGCUCUCGGAUACGUCACGCUGGUGGGUAGACGACAAGCUACUAGAUUCCAAGACAUACCGUGUUCCCAAUCUCCAAAGCAGACUGAUGAUCAAUCUCUGGAGCGAUGGGGGCGCCUGGACGGGAGACAUGCAGCUCGGUGCGAGUAUACUCCUGGCCAUUGAAUAUAUCGAGCUAGCAUACAACCGAUCCUCGGAUGGCUCGAAGGGAAAUGGAGCUCCUCCGUCUCAACGCCAUGCUGGGCACCAACUGCCAUUGGGAAAUGGCUCUCAAUCCGACAUUGAAGGAUGGCAAGACGAGCCCUGGAAACCAGGGACGGAACUCGUUGAUGGGGCUAUGAUGAAGAAGUGCAAGAAGGGCAGGAAGGGCCGCAAGUGCAGAAAGAAGAACAGGAAACAUGGCAAGGGGAGGCAGGGUCGUAAGCAUGGAUAUUCUUGGUGUGAUCGUCCUUGCAACAUUGAUGACCUUCACUUUGCGAAUGGUGGGCUAGAUGGAUGA